AAUUGGCAACCGGAAGUUUGUGUGUUGUCUGUUGCCAGUAACGCCAAGGACUUUUGUUUGGCGCCUUUACGGGCCGGUCGGUUUUUACUGAUAAAUUUGUCAAUUUGCAUCAAACAAACACAAAUUCCUGCUAGAUAUAAUGGGGGACAAAGGAGACGGAGAAACCUUUGAUGAUGCCGUUGAAGAGAGGGUAAUCAAUGAGGAGUACAAAAUAUGGAAGAAGAAUACCCCGUUCUUGUAUGAUUUGGUGAUGACACACGCUCUGGAAUGGCCCUCGUUAACUGCUCAGUGGCUUCCAGACGUGACCAGACCCGAAGGCAAGGACUACUCCGUUCAUAGAUUAAUCUUGGGCACACACACAUCAGACGAACAGAACCAUCUACUGAUUGCCAGUGUUCAGCUGCCAAAUGAGGAUGCACAGUUUGACGCCAGCCACUACGACAAUGAUAAAGGAGAAUUUGGUGGCUUUGGCUCAGUGUCGGGUAAAAUCGACAUUGAGAUAAAGAUCAACCAUGAAGGUGAGGUGAACAGGGCACGUUAUAUGCCCCAGAACCCCUGUGUCAUUGCCACCAAGACACCUUCCUCCGAUGUGCUGGUCUUUGACUACACUAAGCAUCCGUCAAAGCCUGAACCUUCCGGCGAGUGUCACCCUGACCUUAGAUUGCGAGGUCAUCAAAAAGAAGGCUAUGGCUUAUCCUGGAACCCCAACCUAAAUGGAUAUCUUCUGUCUGCCAGUGAUGACCACACAAUCUGCCUGUGGGACAUAAACGCGACGCCGAAGGAAGGCCGCGUGAUCGAGGCCAAGUCCGUGUUCACGGGACACACCGCCGUCGUCGAGGACGUGGCCUGGCAUCUGCUGCACGAGUCACUGUUUGGAUCCGUCGCUGAUGAUCAGAAGCUCAUGAUUUGGGACACUAGGUGUAACAACACUUCGAAGCCCUCUCACACAGUGGACGCGCACACCGCGGAGGUGAACUGCCUCAGCUUUAACCCCUACUCCGAGUUCAUACUAGCCACCGGCAGUGCUGAUAAAACCGUGGCGCUAUGGGACCUGCGCAACCUGAAGCUGAAGCUGCACUCGUUCGAGUCGCACAAGGACGAGAUCUUCCAGGUGCAGUGGUCCCCGCACAACGAGACCAUCCUCGCCAGCAGCGGCACCGACAGGAGGCUUCACGUGUGGGAUCUGUCCAAGAUCGGCGAGGAGCAGACGGCAGAGGACGCGGAGGACGGACCUCCGGAGUUGCUGUUCAUACACGGAGGUCAUACCGCCAAGAUAUCUGACUUCUCCUGGAACCCUAACGAGCCCUGGGUCAUCUGCUCUGUGUCGGAAGAUAAUAUUAUGCAGGUAUGGCAAAUGGCUGAGAACAUAUACAAUGAUGAAGAACCGGAGACGCCCGCCUCGGAACUGGAGUCGGGCGUCAACGUCAACCACGGCUAGCCGCCCACCCGCUAACUGUGCACUCACUCGCUAAAUACAUACGGGACUACUUAUUAUAAUGGCCACGGAACAUUUAUGGUGAGGCGUAGAUAAACCAUUUAUUGCUGUCAAACUAAUAUCGAUGUUGUUGUCAUUGAAAUAGAAGUUAAAAUCCAUAUAAACCUAGCAUAUUACAGUUCUUCUAAAAUCGAUAAAGUUCCGACACCAAAUUCCGAGCACAAGUCCGCGCGUGUGUUUCAACCCUAAAGAAAAACAAAAGACGACCGGCCAUUAAACAAAAUUUUGCUCUCACUGUUGAAGUAAAAAGUUGUGUGUGUCAGAGCAUUAUCAAGAUUUUUGAAGCCUUUGAAUUCCUCAAGACGUUCAGGAUUCUAUUCUAAAAUCACUCGCCACACUAGUGAUUCAAACAGAAUCCUGCAGUUGCUCGGGAUUCAAUAUUCUCUGCCCUCCCAACAAACAACUUUGCUCACCUGUAAACACAAAUACCUAUUCUCCACUAAAGUCGAACAUUUGAUUAUAAUAUUAGUCAUGAUAAAGAUAAAUUUAUUUGUUAAAAACAUAUGUUAUAAAGGUGUUACAUUUAUUUACAGUUUCAAUAUGUUUUGCCAUGUCAGGCGUACAAAUUUACAUUUAUUAAACUAAAAAUGUAAAAAUGUUAAUUGUUGUAUGUUAAUUGAUUUUACAUAUUAGGUACUUCAAUGAACAUAAUGUCGAUAAUAAUUUGACAGCGAAAAAUGAUUCUCAAUGCCCUCCAUGAUAUCUGUGUGGGCCCCAGCUGUGCAUACCCUUUUGUGACAAUCUGUUACGUCACUUUGGCCCAAAAUACAAAAUUCUGGUUAACAAAGGACUUUUUGGUGAGCUCUUUCAUAUCUGUGGUGAGUUUCUUUUUGUUCUGUUGAAUUUAUUUCCAGGGUAGAGGCUAGUUUAAUUAGUGAUUUAAUCAGAAUAUUGAUCUAAAUACAUCAAUUAGUUCCCAAAGUUGGAGUACAUAAUAAAUUGGAGAAAUUUUGAAUUGAAGAAAUGAAAGAAGGGUACUUCAAAAACCUGUUUCAGAUUACUUUUUUAACAUUAUCGAGAAAAUGAAAGAGCUCAAAAUCCAUCGCAAUUUGAACCUUAUGUCUUUAGGUGUAAGGUAAAAAAUAAAUUGGUAUGUUCAACAAGUACAUAAACUGUACGAUAUUAGAAGAUAAGAUGAAAAGAUGCUACAAUCAUUGUUUGUGGCGACUUUGUUAUCGAAAAGAAAAUUUGAAUAUUUUUGCAUAAUCUAAAAUUUAUUUUUGAGUCCACGUUUUGUAAACAUACAGUUUAGUUGUUUGUGCUUGAGUUAGCCCAUUGGUGGGAACUGCUAGUAGGUUAGGGUCAUUUCCGUGUUUGUUAACCCCCUCUUGUCUUCUAUGAUAAUAAAUCGAUCUCGUUUCGGACUGUUAAUAUAAUAAAACUUCAUUAACUGUGGCAAUUCUAGAGAAAAAAACAACUGGAAAAAAUAUCUCGUAUUUGUAGACUGAGGACUUGGUUUUAUUAAUUUAAUUCAAAAGGCCUGUAGCUAAGCUACUUUGCCCUUUUUCGUAAUAUACCUACUUAAACAAACAGAGAUCUCGUUUCGAUCUCGCUAUAACCGCCGAAAGACAAUCUAGAGGGUUAACAAAUUAAAUAUAAAAACCGAUAAGCUAAGUAAGCUGUAAAUUUAGUUUUAUGUAAUGUUUCUGCCUUUGGGCUGGUCAAUAUGGAAAGGGUCCAAUAAUGAGUGGUCUGUAAGCACAGGAAUCUCACGUGCACUUUCAGUUUAAUGAAUUUUGGAAAAUAUUUUAUAUAUUGUGAAAUAUUCUAGUUUAUUUUAUUGUAAAAUAAAUGUGCUUACAGACCACUGAAGUGCGUUGCGACAACACUACACGCCAUAGAGACACUUCGCUAGCGACAUGUUAAUUCCAUUCUUUAAUUUAUUGUUUCUUUCCGAUAAGUCACAAGGAUGUGUUUCUGUUGUAACUGUCAUUGAUACAAUAUUAAGGGCCUCUUUCACGGCCGAAGUAUUCCACAUUACAUAUAAUGUAUAAUUAGAUUUAAUUGAUAACAUUUCCCUGUUACUAAUAAACGUGUAGUGUGUAGCAUUUGAUAGCUUAGCUGUCAUAGUUUAUAUUCGCAAUACGUAAACAUCCUCCGUGAAUGAUAUGCUAAGCUAUCGAAUCGUAGUGUCUCGAUGUAUUUGCAUGUUCAAUGUUUAGUCUACGGUAACUGUAAUAGCACAAAGUGAAAGAUGCCCUUUCCCUGGUGACGCGACUGACCGACGGUAUUUUAUAAUGUUAAUGCAGUAAUGGAAUAAUUUUAAGCUCUGCUAAUUACCUAUUAUGAUUAAAAGUAUCGUAAUUA